ACAUUGUUUGUUGAUUAAAAUUAAAUGCGAUAUUUUUUGGUAUUUUAUUUUAUUUACAACUUAAAAUCGAAUAAAUUUAACUAUUUUUAUUUGUUUCGCACAAUCUUUCGAAUAACGUAACAGCUGACUACACAGUUGUACACCGAACGAAAAGUGUAGUUUGACCGAAAAGGCCUCGUCGGAGACAAUACUGAUAUUUUGCUCCAAAAGAGUAAUUUGGUUACUUAGAGUCAAGAUGAGUGAUGAUGACCGAGAUAUUGAGUUGGAGACUGCAGAAAAGCGUGCACACCAUAAUGCAUUGGAACGCAAAAGACGUGACCAUAUUAAAGACAGCUUUACAAGUCUCAGAGAUUCAGUUCCAUCACUACAAGGUGAAAAAGUUGCUAGUCGUGCGCAGAUUUUAAAAAAAGCAGCUGAUUACAUACAAUUCAUGAGACGCAAAAAUGUUUCCCAUCAACAAGACAUUGAUGAUCUCAAGCGACAGAAUAACAUUUUGGAAUCUCAAAUAAGGACGUUAGAAAGAGCUAAGGCUACUGGCAAUUAUGCUAUGGAGUCUAGUGAAUUAGCUUUAGAUGUAUCAGGAUCAGAAAAUUCUGAUGUAUCGGAUGGAGAACUUCAAAAAUCUAAAAGAAGACUAAAAAAACAAAAGUUUGGUUAUUAGAUUUAAAUGUCUACUAAUGUCUAAUUAUGUAUGUAUUUAUUAUGUAUGAGGUAGGUAAAUAUUUAAAUAGUAUCUUAUUUGGUACAAAUUUUAAAAUUAAAAUUUUAAGGAAAAUCAUGAGAUUAGGUUUGUUUGUUAUAUAUUUUUUAUAUGAAACAUCAUCUUAAAAAUAUUUACAGAUUAUUGUGAACAAAAUAAAAAAUUAUUAUUUAUAAAUUGAUUUGAUUGCCACGGUUAAUAUUGUGGUUUUACUUUAAUACACUUCAAAGAAAAUUGCUAAAUAAGAUGUACCUAUAUUUAAUAAAUUACCAAUAUGCACUGUACCUAAUGUAUAUUCUUAAUUUGACUAUACACUUAUUAUGAGUGUUGAAUAAAAUAAAAUUAAAACUGAAAUUGGAUUUGAAAUAAACACUUUCAGUUAUUAUUCGUUACUCAAAAUUUCAUAAUUUUCUAUUAAAUUCAAUAUAGAUUUUUAGAUUAGGU